AUGAAUUUUUUAAAUAAAACUUUUUUUAUAAAAAAAAUUCAAUAUUAUUACAGCAGCUCUAAAUUUGAAAAUAUUGUUCCUCUUUAUGAAAGAAAAAGUAGAAUAAAAUUUAAAAAAGAAAAAUUAUUAAAAAAAAUAAAAAUACAGAUUUUACAUUUAGAUAAAAAUAAGAAAAAUUCAACGAAGUAUUUAUCAUCAUACAAUGAAAAUUUAUUAAGUCAUGAUGUGAUCAAUCAAAGUAUUUCAGAAAAAAUACAUGAUGGAAGCUCUUGUUCAUUAGAAAAGGAAAUAGAUAAUCUUAAAACUCUAAUAUCUAACAAUGAAAAUAACAAUGAUAAAAAUGAUUUAAUAAAAAGAAAAAUAGAAAUCCUAAAUGAAAAAUCUUUAACAUUUAUACACCUUAAAAGGUUAUACUUUCUUAUUAACAAUAAAGAAAAUGAGCAGUUAAUUGAAAAUAUCAACAAUUCUAACUUUUUAAAAAUUUGCAUCUUUACAAAUAAAAAAAAUAUAAGAAAUCGUGUCAUUGAAAAAGAAUUUUUAAGAAGAGUAGAUAAAACAGAAUUAAAAGAAAAUUCCUUUUUUAAUGAAAAAAAUUUUCCCUAUAUUUUAGAAUAUAUUCAUUAUAUUGGUCUUAGUAAUAUAAAAAAUAUUUAUAAUUCAAAGCUAUAUUGGAACUUUAACGAAUUAAAAAUUAUAUAUAAUAGAUUAUUAGAUAAUAUCACAAAAAAAAUAAUCUUAAAUAAUGAUCAAAUUAUCAAUAUAAUAUCCAUAAAUGACAAAUAUUUAUAUUUUAAUAAAUAUUUAUUUGAUUAUAUUAAUAGUACAAUAUCAAUAAAUUUUAAUACAUUGAAUGAACAUGAAAUAACGUAUAUAUGUAAAUAUUUAAGUAAAAUGUUAUUUUUUUUUUCUAUUGAAAAAAAUGAUAUAAAAUAUAAUAUGUAUGUCCAUCGGUUAAUAAAAAGAUAUAUAUGUAAAAGUAUUGUAUUUUCAAAUAAAGUAAAAUUUCUAGAAUCAUGUAAUGAAAAGGAUACAACAAAUAUUUAUGAAAAAAAUGAUAAAAAAAACUUACAUAUGAAAAAAUUAAAUGAUUUAGAACAAACAGUUAAAAAUAAUUCUAACAACAUAAAUAAUAAUAUAAAUAAAUUAAAUGAAAAAAAUGAAAAAUUAAAAUAUGAAAAUUUUAAAAUGUAUAUUAAAAAUAGUUCUUUUGUUAAUAUUCUCAAUAAAGAAUUAAAAAAUUAUUUACACGAAUACAAGUAUUACAACUUGAUAGAUAUUUUCGAAUUCUAUACAAUAUUUGAAAUAAACAAUGAAAAUAUGAUGAAGAGAUUUAUAAAUGAAACAAGUAAAUUCAUUAAUAUCAUGAAAUAUGGUUAUCAUUCAAAGGCUUUAAUAUUAUUUAGUUUAAAUAGAAAUUAUUUACAGAUAGAAAAUGAAAAAUCCAUUAGGAGGUUAAUUAGAAGAAUCCCUUAUAUGCUAAAUUUUCAUUGGCCUAUAGAAAUUAUUAUAGAAACUAUUAUUGCUUGUUCAUUUUUUUCAUGUAAAGAAAAAAUAUUUAAAAAUUUAAUUAUUUAUUUAAAAAAUAAUAUUAAAAAAUGUAUUCAUCCCAUAAUUUUAGUUAAUUUAUUAAAAUCCUUUGUCUCCAUAAAUAAAAUUAAUUUUGUACUUUUUCAGCAAAUAUUAAGUUAUUUAAAAAAAAAUAUAAAAUUUAUAAAUAUUAGCUACAUAAUACAUAUUUUAAAAAAUAUGUCUAUCUUAAAUUAUAAGGAUUUUGAUUUUUUUUUUUUUUUUUUAUCCUUUGAAAAUGUAUUUAAUAGGAUUUCCCAUUUACCAAAACCAACACUGAUUAAUUUUUUCCAUUUAAUUUAUCGAUAUAAUCAUUUUUUAGAAAAAAAAAAAUCUAUCUUUGUUAAUAAUAUUUUUGUAAAAUCAAAUUUAUCAAUUUUUUAUACUGAGUACAUUUUAUUUUUAAUGUUGAGUAAAGAAGGAAAUCUCUUGAAAAUAAAUUCUUCAAUUUUAGGAAAAAAUGAAAAAAUUUUAAAAGAAGAAAAAGAAAAAAAAAAAAUUGAAAUGAAAUAUUUUUUACAAAAUAAUAAUUCUUAUGAACAUGAACUUUUUCUCUCAAAUAAAAACAAUCAUUUGGAUGUUAUUAAUAAUGAACCAUAUACAAAAAAAAGUAAUAAAAUUUCCCAUAUUGAUGACAAUGUGCUGAAUAUAGAAUGGCAUAAAAAUGAAAAAGAGAGUUAUACAAAAGAAAUAAAAAAGUAUAACAUAGAGAAACCAUUUAAAGAUAUAAUAAUAGAAAAUGAUAAUAAUAAUAAUAGUAAUAAUAUAUAUAAUGAUGAAAUGUAUAUUUCACAUGUAGAUUAUAAACUAUUUGAACUAGAUGUUGACGAUUUUAUAUAUUUUUUAAAAGGUUUUAUAAAUUUGAAAAUUACUAAUUUAAAUAUUUUAUAUUAUUCAAUACAUUUUCUCCAUAAAAAUUUAUACUCAUUUAAUGAAAAUCAUAUUAUUAUACUUUUGCAAUUUUAUUCUGAACAUCUAAUUGCUUUCCCUAUAUUGAUGGAUUCUCAAAUACGCAAAGCUUACAGUUAUUUACAUAUUAUAGUAAAAAGUUCAAUUAUUAAUUUACCUGAUUAUUUUUUACCUCAUUGCAUUUUUUCAGUUAUAUCUUUUUAUUUUACUGAAAUUGUAUUGAAAAAUAAUAUAAAGAACAUUGACUUAUUAGAAAAUAUCAUGUCUAUGUUUUGCAAUAAACUAAGGGGUGGAUUGGAAAUAUUAACUGAAGAAAAUGAAGAAAAAAAAGUUAAUUCAGAAUUAUUAAAUAUAAUUUCUCAAAUUUUGCAAAUGUUAUAUGUAAAAGCGGAAAAAAGAAUGCCUGAUGAUUUAUAUAAUUUUUGCAAACAUAUAAAAGAAUAUUAUUACAAAAUAAACGAAAAUAUAAACAAUGAUAAUAAAGAUAAACAAAAUUUCAUUUCAUUUUUUUCAAAUUUACUAAAAAAUAAAAAAAUUAAUCAUUUUAUAAAAUAUUCUUUUUAUCCUUAUACUCUUGAUAUUGUAAUUGAAAAUGAAGAUUAUGAUAAUACACAGAAAAAAAAAGCAUUAAUUGUAAUAGAUAAAUUGGAUAAUAUAUAUUUAAAAAAUAUUCAUUUGACUGAUUUUUUUUAUAAUUAUUCAACAAAAAAAAACACCAUUAAUGAAAAAGUAGAAGAUAAUAUACAAAAAGAAGAAAACUGUUUGAUUCAUGAAAAUUACUUCAGUAAUUCAUUAAAACCAUAUGAAUCAAUAAGAGAAUGGUUUCUUAUUAACAAUAAUUUCUCUGUUUCAUAUAUUUCAAUAAAUGAUUGGAAAAACAAAUAUUCAUACAUUUAA